AUGCUUUCUCUCUCCUCCUUCCCAAUGCUCAACUGCCUCAUCCAACCAAUCCCACGUGUGGCUCGUACCAAAACUAGGGCUCACAAAAAUCCCACAUCCCCACUACAAUCAUCAUCCUCCUCACCUCCAGUCCGUUCACCAUCCCCAGCUCAUUCUCCAUCUCCUCCACCUAGACCAACACCUCCCCAUUCAUCCUCUGAAAAAACUUUUUCAGACUACCUAUCUUCUUCCCCAGAACCAUGUCCUCAACCUCUCUCAACUAAGCUUCCUCCUUUAUAUCAAUGUCUCACCCCUUCUGUUAGUCAAUGCCCACCCCAUCUUUGCACCACUAUGAACCCUAGCUCGAACACCUCAUCUUCUCAACGAAGAUAUAUGCGCAUUCUAGCAGGAGUCGGCAUUUCCAAAAACAAAAAGGUGGACAACACCAUUUACAUAAUUUCUGAUGAUGAACCUUCGUCACCUCAACAUAACUCCAAUCCACAAACUGCCCCUACACCUCAACCAACCACACCAUUGCCCCACAUAAUUCAAAAUCCCCAUAAAUGCCAAACACUAUAUCAUCGUCUCCAAAAUCUUCUUCCAAACACCAUUCAACCAAAAACACAACCACAAAAUCGAAACCAAGGAAACCUAAAUCCAAAUCUCCCUCCACACUAUCCCAGUUUUUGGCCUCCAAAAAACUUCAAAUCCCUAAAAAAAUCCCAAAAAAGACCUCCACAAGAACGAUCUUCUCCUCCUCAGGAACAAUCUUCCCCUCCUCAGGAAUGA